AUAAAAUGGCAGAGAAUAAUUCGGUUACUGCGUGCCCAUCCGGGGCCAAUAGUGAUUUUGACUUUUAUAAAGCCAAAGCGGACUCGGUUUUUCGACAGCUAGUGGCUUUAAAUGACUUUUUCGGUUCAGAAGAAGCGUCUCAUUUUGAUGAGGCCGACCUUCAAGUCAGGCUUGAGCUUAUUGAAAAAAUGCAAGAUAAUUUUGAUAAGUCUCAAACAGCUGUCGAAAGGCUCAAUCUACUAGAGCUGGCUAGUGAUGUGCGUGCAAAAUUUCUAAACAUUUAUUGUGCGGUGAAAUCCAAAAUAUCUCGCGAACUAGCAAAACUCCGCCGAGUGUCAGUGAUAAAUUCGACUGCACUCCCAAAUUUCAACAUCGAGCAGGCUUCAACCUCCAGGGCUGGUGUCCGGGCCACUAGGCUGCCUGAGUUUAAGCUGCCACGAUUUGGAGGCGCUUAUAUGGACUGGCCAGAUUUCUACGCUAUGUACACUACAGUCAUCGGCAACAACGAGGACCUGACCAAUUUGGAAAAAUUCCAGCAUCUACGCUCCUGUUUGGAUGGCCCCGCGUUAGACACAAUUCGCUCGCUGGAGCCAACAGAGGCCAAUUAUGAGAAGGCAGUCGACCUAUUGACUGCUAGGUUUGAUAACAAACUUUUGCAUUUUCAGGGGCACAUACGAUCUAUUUUCAGGCUUUCUAGUGUGGUGAAAGGGUCGGCAAGGAGUUUGCGGCAAUUGAGCGACGGCAUCAACUCUCAUCUGCGAGCCCUUAACACAAUGGCAACCACCCAGGAGAUUGCGGAUGGAAUGCUCAUAUCCCUGGUGUCCUCCAAACUGGAUCAGCAUACCCAGGAGAAGUGGGAAGAGGGAUUGCCUACCAAUAAGCUGCUAAAAUGGACGGAUAUGGCUGCCUUUUUGGAGAAGAGAUGUCGGAUGAUGGAAAACAUUGAAAAUGCUAUGGUAACCCACACACCUAGCAACCAGAAUCGCGCAGAUUCAAGAAAGGACCAAGGAUAUGGCUUGGCAUCAUAUAUCGACCCACUACAACCCGGCUGACAUAUUAUCUAGAGGAUGUACUCCGCUCGAACUUUUGGAUUCGACGCUGUGGCGUGAGGGCCCACCAUUCCUGCGGACAGACGAAGCUUGCUGGCCGCCUUAUACGCCUACUCUAGUAGAUGUGCCUGAACGCCGCCGCCUCGCGCUGGUGCUGACGCAAAGCCAGGAUAUUUCGUAUGGCUGCAAGUUUCAAAAUUGUUUUGGAAAGCUGCAGCGAGUCUUUGGCUACAUACAUCGGUUCCUAAUGCUAAAAGCCAAGGAUGAGCCACGACGGCGAGGACCUCUUACAGUAGACGACAUCAAGGGAGGCACGCAUCUGCUCAUCAAGGGAAUCCAGCUCAUCAACUUUGCUGAGGAGUAUAAGGCCCUGCAAUCCGAAAGGCAGAUUUCCUCAAAAAGCAAGCUGUACUCGCUGCAUCCAAUCUGCGAUGAAUCGGGACUUAUUCGAGUUGGCGGUCGGCUGCAGAAUUCAUUAUUGG